AUGUUCGCAGACGCUGUCGAAAAUGGGUUGGCACAAGUUUCUGCUGGCUCCCCCUUAGGGCCACCAACAUCCAUUAGACUGGGAUGCGAGGGAGACGGCUGUCGCCGAGACGUUUCUCAUGAGGCGGGAAAGCUAUUGCUGGCAGCACUGCAACGCCUAGACGGUGUGCAUCUUCUGCCUUGUCACAUAAAGUACAGCGGGCUAGCAUCUGUCGAAGAACUCUUUAAGCCGACGCGAAUGCGUCCUGAUGCAGCAGCGGGAGAAGAAGCAGGCAAACUGGAGGUACAGCUGCACGGCCGUUGGCUGCGAGGCCAGGAGGAGCGCUUGCUCCGCGACAACUCUCCCAGCGCUGUCGCAGCCCCCAAGCUUCACGGAUUCGUUGUAGCUGCCCAGCAGACCACCUGCAACCUAGGGGACCUGCGAAAAUCCUACGCUGCUGCCGACGCUGCAGAUUCCACCCUCAUUAAGGACUGUAUCGAAGCUGAAGAGCCACCCAGUACUGUCACAGCGCUGCGCCCAUUGGCGGAAUUCGACAAACUAUGCUACUGGCAGCAAGACCGCGAACCGACUAAUGCUGACGAUAUCCCGCAGAGUCUUUUCUUUUUGCGAGCUAUGGCCGCUCUGCACGACUAUCAAGACGAAUUGAAGGAGUGA